AUGACGGCUACAGCUGCUUCUGUAGUAGGCUCGAUCGUAUCGGGAAUCGUCGCUUUUGUCGGUUGGAAUAUAUUCAAGCAGCUAUACCUUCCUGACCGUCAUAAACCGCCUGUAGUAUUCCAUUGGCUUCCCUUCAUUGGAAGUACUGUCUACUACGGGAUCGAUCCCUACAAGUUCUUCUUCGAAUGCCGGGAAAAGUAUGGCGACUGUUUCACGUUCUACCUCCUGGGGAGUCCCACAACCGUCUUUCUCGGCAGCAAAGGGAACGAAUUUAUCCUCAAUGGGAAGAUAAAAGAUUUAAAUGCUGAAGAGGUCUAUGGUCCGCUCACUACACCAGUAUUUGGCAAGGGUGUAAUCUACGAUUGUCCGAAUGCCAAAUUGAUGGAUCAGAAGCGACUUCUUGGACCCGGUCUUAGUGGAGCAGCUCUGAAAAGCUACGUACCGCUAUUUGUGAAAGAAGUUGAAGAUUUCAUCAAAACAUCUCCAAUCUUUAAAUCGGACGGUGGGAUUUGUGACAUCUCAUCGGUCAUGGCUGAAAUCACUACCUACACUGCGGCUGGUUCACUUCAAGGCAAAGAGAUCCGAGACAUGCUUGAUUCUGAGAUUUCUGUCCUAUACAGACAUCUGGAUGAUGGAUUUGCUCCGAUAAACUUUGUCCUCCCUUGGAUCCCCAUACCAAGAAACAUUCGAAGAGAUCAUGCUCAAAAGGCAAUGGCAAACCUUUAUAUGGAUGUCAUUCAGAAACGUCGCAAGCGAGAGAAUCCUCCCGAGGAAGAAGAUAUGUUAGACAUGUUGAUGAAAUCGACAUAUCGUGAUGGGAACGUAAUACCUGAUAAGGAGAUCGCCAAUCUUAUGAUCGCUCUUCUGAUGGGUGGGCAGCAUAAUACAUCGUCGACUGGAUCUUGGAUUAUUUUAUACCUAGCUCAUGAUCCUUCCCUUAUCGAAGAGCUAUAUCAAGAGCAACUUAGGGUGCUUGGACCAUCUUUACCCCCACUUACCUACGACCAUCUAGAAGCCCUCACACUUCACAACCAUAUGAUCAAGGAAACCCUCCGUCUGCAUUCACCGAUCCACUCCGUAAUGCGGAAAGUGAAAACACCAAUGCCAGUACCAGGUACCGAUUGGGUAAUCCCGCCAUCCCAUACCCUCUUAUCAGCUCCAAGCUUCCUAGGCCGAACACCCGAAAACUUUCCCAACCCCCAAAAAUGGGAUCCUCACAGAUGGGACGACCCAAAGGCCGGGUUUGCAGCUAUGGGGGGUGGUGAUAGUGGUAAAGACGACGAAGCAACAAUCGACUAUGGAUUCGGUGCCGUUUCAUUAAAAUCGAUAAAAUCACCAUACUUACCCUUUGGAGGCGGGAGACAUCGAUGCGUGGCUGAGAAGUAUGCGUAUACACAACUCGGAGCGAUUUUGGCAACUGUAGUGCGUUUGUUGAAGUGGGAACAAGUCGAUAUGACGAAGGAAGUUCCGCCUACUGAUUACUCCAGCAUGUUCUCAAGACCGAUGCAUCCCGCGGAGAUUAAGUGGAAGCAUAGAUAG